AUGGCCUACGUGCGACUGAGGGGUCACUUCACGAACAUCUCCAUCGUCUCUGUGUACGCACCAACUUCGGCUGCCGAACAGCGCGAUAAAGAGGCGCUUUACUCUCAGUUGCAAGCGCUAGUUGAAAGACUGCCUCACCACGAUCUGCUGAUUGUUGCUGGCGAUUGGAAUGGUCGAACUGGGCCUGGCGACCCCACAACCAGCCAUCUUCUUGGCCGCUUUGGGCUUGGUUCCCGAUAUGAAAAUGGUGAAAGAUUGCUGAACUUCGCUGAUCGAAACCGACUGCUUGUCACCAACACAUGUUUCCGGCAUCGCAAAAAACGUCUGCUGACCUGGUAUUCAAACGACGGUCAUACCGCCAGUCAGAUUGACUACAUACUAGUCAGCUCAAGAUUCCGCAACUGGGUUCACGAUAACAGAUCGAUGUGAGGUGCCGAGACUGGUAACGCCCAUGGGUCGUCCAUACUCGCUUGAAAGUUCAUCUCUCAUCCACGCCAAAAACGCCACGUCCUAGACGCCUCGAUGUCGCAAAAAUCCGGAAAGCCAGCACCGCCGAGGCCCUAAGCAGAGAAAUCCGGACCUGUUUUACGACUCGAGCCGACGGAGAAGUCAGUAACCAGUGGUCGUCACUGAAGACUUCAGUCUAUGUGGCAGCUGAGAAAACCCUUGGAUACACCCAGCGACGCCGCAGUGACUGGAUCAGCGGAAGAACCCUGCAGUUGUCUGCUCAGACGGCUAGAGCCAGGUCCCGCAACGAUGACUACUUCCGCCAACUUCGGAAGAUGACGGCAAAAUCGGCCAGGGAUGACCGAAAGCAAUAGUGGGCUGAAAUAGCGACAUCCAUGGAAUAGGCCUCGAACGUUGGUGACACUCGAAAGCUCUACCGUCUGAUCCGCCAAGUUAGCGGUAAGCCCUCUACACUGAGUGACUCUGUUCGCGAUGUGAACGGCGGCUUUAUUGCUGACAACUCGGCCAAAGUCGAGCGCUGGCGUGAGCACUUUGAGCACCAUCUCAACUUCGAUGCCCAACCUACAUCGCCCUUGUUCUCCUCCUCAGCGGAGUUUCUUCCCUCUCCUAUCUAUGCAGUGCCAUGCGAUCCCCCCUCCGAGGAAGAAGUCCCCGAUGCCAUACGAAAGUUGCGCAACAAUAAGGGACCCGGAGAGGACGGCAUACCCGCUGACAUCUUCAAGUCUUGUGUCGACACUCUGGCGCCCUGGCCCCAUGGGGUGAUUGAACGAGUGUGGAGAGACGAGGUUGUUCUUGAUGACUGGGGCUUAGGCAUCCUUGUGCCUAUCCUCAAGAAGGGAGAUAAGACGAGAUGCGAGAACUACCGCGGCAUAAGUCUCAUCGACGAUGCUGCGAAGAUCUUCGCUGUUGUCCUACUCAGGCGAUUCCAAGCUAUGCGUGACUCAAGGACGAGGCCCAACCAAGCCGGAUUUCGUGCUGGACGUGGAUGCGCAGACCAGAUAUUCACACUGAGGCGCAUUCUCGAAUUUCGCCAUAGCUACCAACAACCGACGGCCGUCUGUUUCAUUGACUUUGCCGCCGCAUUCGAUUCCGUUCACCGUGAGUCCCUGUGGCGGAUAAUGGCGCUAGAUGGUGUAUCGGCAAAAAUCAUCGCCAUGAUCAAGGCCUACUAUCGCUCCACUAAUGCAAGAAUCCUGGUCCGCAACAAUCUUCCCCAACCGUUUGGUAGUAGGUCUGGUGUCCGGCAGGGUUGUAUCCUGUCACCCAUACUGUUCAACUACGCUGUUGACUGGAUCUUCGGGAGGGCCCUACAGGAGGGUGACGGCGUUGAGUUUGCAACCGGACACCGACUGACUGAUCUCGACUAUGCCGAUGAUAUCGCCUUACUUGCUUCAAGUUUUGCUGAUCUGCAGUCUGUCGUGUCACGGGUGAAAAAGGUCGCUGAAUCGGCCGGUUUAUCCAUAAACGUUGCGAAGAUCAAAGUGUCUUCAAGCUGCAUCCCUGACCAGGAGUAG